CCGGUGUGAAUUGCAUAGUUGUCAGUAACUUUCCGAAUGUCCGGUGAUUCAGAAGCAAUGAAGUUCACGCCACCACCCGCGUCACUCAGCACCGCGCUGUGCAUCCCGGAGAAGAUUAUGAUGGGGCCGGGCCCAUCGAACUGCUCGAAGCGCGUGCUUACCGCCAUGUCCAACACGGUGCUGAGCAACUUCCACGCGGAACUCUUCCGCACGAUGGACGACGUGAAGGACGGGCUGCGGUACAUCUUCCAGACCGAAAGCCGUACCACCAUGUGCGUCAGUGGAUCGGCCCACGCCGGCAUGGAGGCCAUGCUGUGCAAUCUGCUCGAGGACGGCGACCGGGUGCUGAUCGCCGUCAAUGGUAUCUGGGCUGAGCGGGCCGUCGAGAUGGCGACCCGGUACGGUGCGGACGUGCGCACGAUCGAGGGCCCUCCGGAUCGACCGUUCAGCCUCGAGACGCUCACCAGAGCCAUUACCGAGCACAAACCCAAGUGCCUGUUUCUCACGCACGGCGACUCAUCGUCCGGUCUGCUGCAACCGCUGGAAGGUGUUGGCCAGCUCUGUCACCGCCACAACUGCCUGGUGGUAGUGGACGCCGUCGCAUCCCUUUGCGGUGUUCCGUUCUACAUGGAUAAAUGGGAAAUCGACGGCGUGUACACCGGCGCCCAGAAGGUACUCGGUGCGCCACCCGGCAUUACUCCGAUUUCCAUCAGCCCCCGAGCACUUGAGGUGAUCCGUAACCGGCGCACGAAACCGAAAGUAUUUUACUGGGAUCUGCUUCUGCUGGGCAACUUCUGGGGCUGUUAUGACGAGCCCAAACGCUACCAUCACACCGUGGCAUCGAAUCUGAUUUUCGCGCUGCGUGAAGCGCUGGCGCAGAUCGCGGAAGAGGGCCUAGAGUCGCAAAUCAAGCGCCGAAUGGAAUGUGCCCAGGUCCUGUACGAGGGCCUCGGGAAGAUGGGGCUUGACAUAUUCGUGAAGGAUCCCCGCCACCGUCUGCCCACCGUAACCGGUAUUAUGAUCCCGAAUGGGGUCGAUUGGUGGAAGGUGACCCAGUACGCAAUGGACAAUUUCUCACUGGAAGUGCAGGGAGGUCUAGGGCCCACGUUUGGCAAAGCGUGGCGCGUUGGCAUCAUGGGGGAGAGCUCGACGAUACAAAAAGUAAACUUCUACCUCUACGCAUUCAAGGAAUCCCUUAAGGCAACGCACCCCAACUACAUUUUUGACGACAGCAACGGUUAUCACUAG